AUGACUUCUAAAAGUCAAGAAAGCAUCCCUGCUCCUGAGACUGAAGAAGUACAGCAGGAUGUCCUCAAGAGAGCUACCAGUCUGCCUCUGGUAAGCUCCACCUAUGAUUUGGCUGCCUCUGCUUAUGCCUCAACCAAAGAGAACCAUCCCUAUGUGAAAGCUGUUCUGGAUUUAGCCGAGAAAGGCGUGAAGCAUGUCUCUGAUAUUGCUGUGAGCGGUGCCCAGCCUCUUCUCAGUAAGCUUGAACCACAGGUUGCAGCAGCAAGCCACUAUGCCUCCAAGGGCUUGGACAAGCUAGAGGAGAAGCUUCCCAUCCUUCAUCAGACAGCUGACCAGGUUAUUUCUGAUACGCAAGAACUGGUGUCGUCGAAAGUAGCAGACGCAAAAGAAGCGGUGGCCAAAGCUAUGCAGGACAGUAAAGAGAUGAUGGUAGAAACAAGAAUGGGCAAGAUGGCCCUCAGUGGAGCAGAAGCAGUGCUGGAGAAAUCUGAAGAGCUGCUGGACCACUACCUUCCAAUGACUGAAGAAGAACUGGCAAAAGUUGCAGAAACUACACCAGAAGGAGUGGGUGUGCCCCUCGAGACUCAGGGGUACUUUGUGCGUCUUGGUUCUCUGUCAACCAAGCUCCAGCAUCGUGCUUAUCAGUAUGCUGUAGCCAAGAUGAAAGCUGCCCGAGAGGACAUCAGAGAGACUUUCGUUCAGCUGCGUCAAGCCAUUGGGCAGAUAGAGGAUACAAAGGAAAGUGUUCAGCAGAAAGUCCAGGAAAGCCAGGAGAGGCUUCGUCAGAUAGAAUCUCAGACCUUGGCCAUGUCCCACCACAUCACCCAGCAGUUGCAAGCAGCCUACAAGAACCUGAUUGCCAGCAUCCAAGGCCUGCCAGCUAACUUCCAGCAGAACAUCCAGCUGGCCUAUCGCAACAUAGAAGAGCUUCAAACCUACUUCACCAGUGCUCACUCUUUCAAAGACCUCCCCAACAACAUUCUAAGCCAAAGCCAAGAGAAGGCCCUCAAAGCCCAGGAGUACGUGGACGACAUCUUGGACUAUGUCUUACACAAUGCUCCAAUGUCUUGGCUGGUGGGCCCCUUCUCCCCUUCACCUCGGAAACCCGAUGAUGUGAAGCCCACAAAGCCUGACAAUCGGAACAAGGAAGACUUGAAAGCGGCAGUGCCAAAGGAGAGUUUGUGA